CAGACGACAGGCGGGCACACAUGGCAUCAACAACAACUCCGACGUCCGCAGCAACAUGUACGCUCCACAGCAGCUGGCCUACGCGCCCACGCCGUACAGCUACACGCCAUCGAAUAACCUGACGGCCAACAUCAACUUGGACGAGGAAGUGCAGCUCGCCGACACAGCCGCCGAACGAGACCUGUACGAAUCACUUGCAGAGGUGUACAGCAUCAUCAUCACCCUCGAUGCGCUAGAGAAAGCGUACCUACGAGACAGCAUCAACGAAGCCGAGUACACCGAGACAUGCGACCGCCUGCUGCGCCAGUACAAGAGCAACCUCGCCGCCGAGAGCGUGCAAGCUGCCUUUGGAGAUCUGGAAAGCUUCAAGGCUGAGUGGGGACUCGAAGUGCCCAAAGCCACGGAACGACUGCGUAUCGGCCUUCCAGCGACGAUUGAGAGUGUGCCUACGCGCACUUCGUCACAGCACCACCGAGCGUCCAAUUCUCACGCCCCAGGCAAUAACGGUCCGGGAGCUGCCGCAAAUGCCACAGCCAUCGUCUCUGCAUCGGAGAACUUCAUCACACUCUUUGACGCCAUCCGGAUGAACAUUCUGUCCAAGGACACGCUCCAUCCUAUUUUGGUGGAUACUAUUCAGGCGGUCAAUAAAGUCACCGACCGGGAUUUUGAUAACAAGGGCAAGAUCGUGCAAUGGUUGAUUACCUUGAACCAAAUGCGAGCUGCGGAAGAGUUGAGCCCGGAACAGGCCCGAGACCUCCAAUUCGAUUUGAACGCCGCCUACGAGGGCUUCAAGGCUACUCUUGGGUAGGGUGCCAGCGUCGGCUGUGGGUUCAUCUUGGAUGCAGUACUACCAGCAACUCACAGACAUCACAUCUGGGAUAGAACGUCGAUCUUGAUAGCUUUGCGAGCGUUAUCGAGUGCGCCUCUGGAUUCGGCCGAUGUAAAUUCCCGCUGCAUGCGAACCCAUCAUCCGCUCGAUCUGG